AUGCUUGAAAUAGUCGGUUGGCAAGAUUUAAAGGAUUUAUUUAGAAAGGCCGGUAAUGUGCAACGUGCAAAUAUCAUGCAAAGUCGCGAUGGUCGGUCGAAAGGACAUGGUAUUGUACUCUAUGCUACAGUUGCAGACGCACAAAAAGCCAUAUUAGAAUUUGAUGGAUAUGAAUGGCAUAGUAGGAAGUUAGAAGUUAGGGAGGAUCGUAUUGCAAACGAUUACCCUCCACCUCCUCCACGUACGGAGUGUGUCAAUAAUAUUGAUCAAACUGAGUCGGAAAACGAUAAAAUCACUUCAACUAAUGGCUUAUCGGUAUCAGUGAAUUCAAAUGAUAUCAAUGGCACCUCCUCAUCAACACAAUCUACUACAUCACCCGUAGACUAUUCUUCCAUUACAAAAAUUACAAAAAAUGAAAUUCUUAACAUGAAUGGCACAAAUAUUAACGGGAUUACGAAUGGAACAACAUGUAGUGAAGAAUAUACUGCAAAUAAUUCAUCUCCAGGGAUUAUUAAUUCUUCAAUCUUACAAAGGCAAUUAUUUGUUGGAAAUCUACCAUUUCGUGUGAGAUGGCAGGAUUUGAAGGAUCUAUUUAGAAAAGCGGGGACGGUCAUACGCGCAGAUGUUGCGCUGGGAUAUGAUAAUAGAUCAAAAGGUCAUGGGACUGUGCUAUUUACAACUCUUGAAGAAGCAAAAAACGCGAUCGCUAUGUUUAAUCAAAAGCCUUGGCAAGGUAGAAUCUUGGAGGUACGAGAGGAUCGAGGAUUUGUUGAUCCGAACGUUCAAAAUAACGUUAAUGGACUAGAAGGUCUUAUCUAUGGAGCCCCUCAGCAAAAUUAUGCCGGAAAAUUACUUUUUGUUGGAAAUCUACCAUUUAAUUGUCAAUGGCAAGAUCUGAAAGAUCUCUUCCGUAAUGCCGGAAAUAUCAUUAGGGCUGAUGUUUCAACUAAUUAUGACGGACGAAGUAGAGGUUUUGGCACAGUGUUGUUCGCAACACCUGAGGAUGCUAGGAAUGCUGUUGGGAUGUACAAUGGCUAUGAAUUUCAAGGAAGGAUUUUACGUGUCCAUUUUGAUAAAUUUUCAUUUCCACCUUUUCCUCCGCAUCAUCAUCAUAAUCCACCUCCGCAUCCACAUUUGACCGUACAUCCACAUCAUAGACCGCCUCCUCCUCCACUUAUUCAUCACCAUAAUUUUCAUUUGGGUCAUCCACCAAUUCCUCAUCCUCAUUUUAUUCCUCCAACUCACAUGGGACCCUUUUCACCACCUUUAACAACACCAUCAUUAACUAGUCCUACACCAUUCCCAACUUCUUAUAAUCCGUUAGCACAUUUAAAUAACCUCCCAAAUCCGAAUACUAAUGCUACUUCUUCAUUUCAACCUAUUCCACUUGUUUCUUCAGUCGGUUCUGUUCAUGGGGUUGGAGCUAAUUCACUGCAAAACUUUAAUCAAUCAUCACAAAAUAUCUCCCAAGAUCAACCAAUUGUGACGCCAACAACGCAAUUUUCCGGUUUUGGUCCAAUUGGGAAGACUCACCAAUCACCCCAGAUAUCAUCAGCACUUUCUAAUUUUAGCGCAUUAGGAGCCUUUCCAGCACCUUCUUCAAAUACGACGAAUGGAAUUGCCAAUAAUAAUGGAAUUAACGGGACAGCAGAUGUUAAUAAUAAUAAUUAUGGUUCCACCACAACGGCUGCAUCUAACGGAUUAGGCGUUGUUCAUCCAUCGUCGUCCUCUUCUAAUGUGGUCAAAGAAACUGAUAAUGGUAGUAAAAAUGGUAUUAUAGGUUCAAGUUCUACCACGACUGAAGUAACAAGUAACUCGGUGAAUACCGAUAAUAAUUCACCAAAUUCUGUUACUACUUCAAUGAUUGUCCCGUCUCAAGGUUUAUGGGAGAAAAGUACCUCGGCAAUGUUAUCUACUACAACAGUAUCUAAUGGAUCUAACGGAAAUGUUAAUUCAGGUAAUAUAAUGAGCAUAGGGAUGACAUCAUCCUUGACUGGAAUGACGGGACUUGAUAGUCCAGUCUCUCAGAUGGUAAUACCGACUCAAUCUGUAUUUGUAAGGAACAUGAAACCCGUUUCUGAAACUCCAAGUGCUAAUUAUAGUUUACUUUAUAAACUUGAAGAUUCUCUUUCUCAUAAGAAUAUUAUUUUCAUUGGUGAUGUUCAUGGAAUGAUUAAUGAACUUUCGGAGUUAAUAAAUAAAAUUGGUUAUGAUCCUUUAAAAGAUCAUCUGAUUUUUGUAGGUGAUUUGGUAGCAAAAGGACCAGAAUCUAUUCAAGUUCUCAAGUUGAUCCAUUCUUUGGGGGCUAGUUGCGUACGUGGAAAUCAUGAUGAUAAAGUUUUGAGGUGGAAGAGUUUAUUAGAUUCUUUAGAUGCUCAAGGAAUCGGAUUAGAUGAAUAUAUUCGACAGAACAAUAUGCCUAAAGACAUGUCGGUGAAAUCCGAACACAGAUUAAUAGCAGAGCAACUCGACUCGGAACUUUAUGAAUACUUUCUUUGUUGUCCUAUUAUUCUGAAUAUUCCAGAACAUGAUUUAUAUGUAGUUCAUGCUGGUUUAUUACCAGAUACUCCAUUGUUAGAACAAAAUCCUUUCGAUUUAAUGAAUAUGAACAAAAAGGAAGGUCAUGCUUGGACCAAAUAUUGGAAUGCAGCGCAAGAGAAAUCAUUAUCACCUAAAACGGUCAUUUAUGGUCAUGACGCUUCGCGAGGAUUGAAAAUAAAGCCUUACAGUUUUGGACUUGAUUCCAGAUGCGUUUAUGGUGGCGAAUUAAGUGCAUUGAAAUGGAAUGAGAGAGAGAUCAUUAGCGUGAAAUGUAAACAAUAUGCUGAUUAA